CGCUAGGCCAUGCCUCCGGACCCUCUUUCUUAUCUUCUUAAAGUUCUGUACUGUGUACACCUCUAUACAGUAAAUUGUGGUAUGUAUGCAUUUUCAUCAAAUACCACAAACUCUUUUGGAUACAGAUAAGGAACAUUUACAUGCUUCUGAUCAUCCAUCUAGACAUGUAUUGACUUUCCCUAAACAUGUACUGUACUUACAGUGUGCUGACAAUUGGAUCUCCAGGAAACCAGCAAUCCUGAUUUGUGGGGUUUUCCUUUUCUGCUCUGUAAAUAUUCUCUCCGUGGCCAAUUCCAGACUCCACAAGAUGGUGAUCUUAUGAAUAACUGCCCUCGGAUGACCAGGAUUCCCCAUAGCUGAUAAUGGUGGGGCUGAACUCUGCAGCUUUCUCUGGCAUUCGAUUAUUAAAAACAGAUAGGAUGCAAGUUCCUCAACUUCAGAUUAUGAAAACAGUGCUUGGAAAACUGAAAACUAUCUAAAUGAUUGUCUUUGGUUGGGCCGUGUUCUUAGCAAGCAGAAGCCUUGGCCAGGGUCUGCUGUUGACUCUCGAGGAACACAUAGCCCACCUGCUAGGGACUAGGGGUACCGCCACUACCAUGGGCAAUUCCUGUAUUUGCCGGGAUGACAGUGGAGCUGAAGACAGUGUUGACACCCAGCAGCAGCAGGCUGAGAACAGUGCAGUACCCACAGCUGACACACGGAGCCAACCCCGGGACCCUGUUCGGCCUCCAAGAAGGGGCCGAGGACCACAUGAGCCAAGGAGAAAGAAACAAAAUGUUGAUGGGCUAGUGCUGGACACGUUGGCAGUAAUACGGACUCUUGUAGAUAAUGAUCAGGAACCUCCCUAUUCAAUGAUUACAUUACAUGAAAUGGCAGAAACAGAUGAAGGAUGGUUGGAUGUAGUCCAGUCUUUAAUUAGAGUUAUUCCAUUGGAAGAUCCACUGGGACCAGCUGUUAUAACAUUGCUACUGGAUGAAUGUCCACUACCCACUAAAGAUGCACUCCAGAAAUUAACCGAAAUUCUCAAUUUGAAUGGUGAUGUGGCUUGCCAGGACUCGGGCCAUCCUGCCAAACACAGAAACACUUCUGCGGUCCUAGGAUGCUUGGCUGAGAAACUAGCAGGUCCUGCAAGUAUAGGUUUACUUAGCCCAGGAAUACUGGAAUAUUUGCUACAGUGUCUGAAGUUACAGUCCCACCCCACAGUCAUGCUUUUUGCACUUAUCGCACUGGAAAAGUUUGCACAGACAAGUGAAAAUAAAUUGACUAUCUCUGAAUCCAGUAUUAGUGAUCGGCUUGUCACGCUGGAGUCGUGGGCUGAUGAUCCUGAUUAUCUGAAACGUCAAGUUGGUUUCUGUGCCCAGUGGAGUUUAGACAAUCUCUUUUUAAAAGAAGGUAGGCAGCUGACCUAUGAAAAAGUGGACUUGAGUAGCAUCAGUGCCAUGCUGAAUAGCAAUGAUGUCAGCGAGUACCUAAAGAUCUCACCUCAUGGCUUGGAGGCUCGCUGUGAUGCUUCUUCUUUUGAAAGUGUACGUUGCACCUUUUGUGUGGAUGCUGGGGUAUGGUACUAUGAAGUAACGGUGGUCACUUCUGGCGUCAUGCAGAUUGGCUGGGCCACACGAGACAGCAAAUUUCUCAAUCAUGAAGGCUACGGCAUUGGGGAUGAUGAGUAUUCCUGUGCUUAUGAUGGCUGCCGGCAACUGAUUUGGUACAAUGCCAGAAGCAAGCCUCACCUACACCCAUGCUGGAAAGAAGGAGAUACAGUGGGGUUUCUGUUAGACUUGAAUGAAAAGCAAAUGAUCUUCUUUUUAAAUGGCAACCAGCUGCCUCCAGAGAAGCAAGUCUUUUCAUCUACUGUAUCUGGAUUUUUUGCGGCAGCUAGUUUUAUGUCAUAUCAACAAUGUGAAUUCAAUUUUGGAGCAAAACCAUUUAAAUACCCACCAUCUAUGAAAUUUAGCACUUUUAAUGACUAUGCCUUCCUAACAGCUGAGGAAAAAAUCAUUUUGCCAAGGCACAGGCGUCUUGCUCUGUUGAAGCAAGUCAGCAUCCGAGAGAACUGCUGCUCCCUUUGUUGUGAUGAGGUGGCAGACACACAACUGAAGCCAUGUGGACACAGUGAUCUGUGCAUGGAUUGUGCCUUGCAACUGGAGACCUGCCCAUUGUGUCGUAAAGAAAUAGUGUCUAGAGUGAGACAGAUUUCUCAUAUUUCAUGACAUAGGUGAAGAGACACCAUGGACUUGUUUCUACUGAAUUCCAGCCAAUAUUGAAAAGAAAAACAAAGAAAAAAAAAUCUCUAAUCAGUUGUACGCACAUUGAAACUUAUAGCCAUGACCAGAUUUUAUGCUAAAAGUGGUAGUUUUUCAAAGACAAAAUCCUCUUAGAAUCUAAUCCAACUUGCCAGCCCUGCAAAAUUCCUCUCAAGGCCAAGGAAAGCUAACUGCUAGCAGCCGGGUCUGCGGUACUUCCAUGAAAAACAACUGGAGACAGAGCUCUCCUGAGUGCUGAAACCACGCCCGAAUUCACAUCGGGUUCAUUUGAUUGUUUAAAACAGGAUGUUUCGUGUCAUAUUCUAAAGUUUUAUGUUGGGGGAGAUGUCAUUACGGAGGCGUAAAUAAGAGCAUUUCUGGGUUAAGCAGAACUUUCCCACUGGUCAGAGAGACACCGGUGUGUUAAAUGUGGAUAUUGCACUGCAAGACUUGAACUAUAUAGACUUAGAAUCACACAGGUCCAUGCUCCAAGCAACACAGAGAACCUGAAAGAAGGUGCAGACUGUAGAAAACAAACCCGGAUUUUUUUAUAUUUUAGUGAUUCCAAAGAACAUUCUAGUUUUUUUUAACUGCAGAAAAUUGGUGGUAUUUUCACACUCAUGGUGUUUCUAUCCAAUUUCAGUACCCACAUUUUGUGAGGAAAAAAAAAAGUCUUACCAAUGCAGGAGGAAUUGUUAAAUUCAUUGCAAUGUUAGACUGGAGAAAAUUUGAUAUUUAGGAUAUUUAUAAGGUACCAUCAAAUCAGGUUUUUUGGUUUUUGUUUUAAAAAGUUUUUUUAAUCUAUUGUUUUUGGAAAUAAUACACUUUGAAACUCUUGAACUAUAGUCUCAAAGACUCCAGAGGACAGUCAGAAAACACGUAUUCCUAUUAUUUUAAAUAAAUACAUGUUUUUUUAACAGUAAAUUCAAUCAUGGAUUGUUGACUAUGUCUUCAUCACAAGUGUUAAUCCCUCUCAGGGUCUCUGGUGAAGACCUUCAAGAGUUUGGUUUUUUUCUCCCAGAAAAUUGGAAGGUAGACUUAUAAAUUCAGAGAACUUCUUUUCUAAUGGUGUACCUCAGCAGCUGCCUUUCAAUUUAUGCCAAGUCCUUACUGAGUUUAUACUUGAAUAGUAAAUAUGUCUUUUGAGUUUUACAGUGUCUUAAACUCAAUGCACAUUUUUUUCUUCCUUUCCAAUCUUUUCUUGUUUGUAGUCCAUUAAACCUGUCCCACUACAGAGCUGAUUUCCUUCCUGGCUGUACUUGUUGGGGUGCUGGAUUUUUUUCCAUGUCUUUAGUCUU